GGAGAACUUCCGGUCACUAGAAAACGCUGCCGGAAGCUGCACGUUCUGAGUGGAUUUGCUCGCGUCGGGUCCGGCGCGACCCUCAGGACCAUAGAGACGACGAUAUGUCAUCCCCGCAGGCCCCGGAGGAUGAGCAGGGCGGCGAUCCCCCCGGGGACCUCCGCAGCGUCCUGGUCACUAGUGUCCUUAACCUUGAGCCGCUGGACGAGGACCUCUUCAGAGGAAGGCAUUACUGGGUUCCCAGAAGUCAUCGGCUGUUCGGGGGUCAGAUUGUGGGCCAGGCCUUGGUGGCUGCAGCCAACUCUGUGAGUGAAGACGUCCAUGUACAUUCCCUGCACUGCUACUUCGUUCGGGCAGGAGACCCAAAGGUGCCAGUACUGUACCAAGUGGAACGGACACGAACUGGGGCAAGCUUCUCGGUGCGCUCCGUGAAGGCGGUGCAACAUGGCAAGCCCAUCUUCAUCUGCCAGGCCUCCUUCCAGCAGGUCCAGCCCAGCCCCAUGCAGCACCAGUUCUCCAUGCCUGCUGUGCCCGCACCUGAGGAACUGCUUGACAGUGAGACCCUCUUGGACUAUUAUGUAAGAGACCCUAACCUCCUAGAGAAGUACCAAGUGGGAAUGAACCGAAUUGCUGCGCAGGAGGUGCCCAUUGAGAUCAAGCUGGUAAACCCACCCACCUCGAGCCAACUGCAGCAUGUGGAGCCCAAACAGAUGUUCUGGGUGCGAGCCCGGGGCUAUAUUGGGGAGGGUGACAUCAAGAUGCAUUGCUGCGUGGCGGCCUACAUCUCGGACUACGCCUUCCUGGGCACAGCAGUGCUGCCCCACCGGCGGCAGCAUGAGGUGCACUUCAUGGCCUCCCUGGACCACUCCAUGUGGUUCCACGCCCCUUUCCGAGCCGACCACUGGAUGCUCUAUGAGUGUGAGAGCCCCUGGGCUGGUGGCGGCCGGGGGCUGGUCCAUGGGAGGCUGUGGCGUCAGGACGGGGUCCUGGCUGUGUCCUGUGCCCAGGAGGGUGUGAUCCGAGUGAAGCCCAAGGUCUUAAAGAGUAUGCUGUAGCCAGAGGUACCAGCCUGGUCUUCAGGAUCUCCCUUCUCGCCCAUUCCUGAGCCGGGAAUUACAUUUGGGGGCUGAGCCUCCCGUCCCUCACAUCCAAUAAAGAGACUGAUACUACUGGAGCUGCUGGCCUUUAAUUCCCUUGGGCUGGAACUCAGCCCUCCCUCCAGCCAUCAACUCCAGGACACCAGAGGAGCAUCCCAGGCACCCUUCACUGGUUUGGAGGCCCACAGAGAAGGGAACAUUAACCUUGACCUGGGGCACAGCCUCCAGCCCCCAGAGAGGCUGUGCAGGGCUUCCUGUGCCAUCGCGCCUCAGCCAUAGCUUGUCCUGAGCCCAGCUCAACAGAAGCAGCAUGUUUCCUCAGUCUGCUACAUGCUCUUUGUGGAACUUUGAGGGGUUUCCAGCACCCCCUAUAGCCUCCCAACUGCUGACCGUGUCCUCACCACCCCUGCUUCAACCUGGGGCAGCACUUCUCCCCACAAAAGCCUUAAGUCUAGAAAGGAUUAGUCUAGUACCUCCUUGAUAAGCAAUUCUUUGAGACUGGGGGGUGGCGUGGGGGUCAGGCCUGCCUCUUGGAGGGCCUGGAGCUGGGCCUCUGAUUGGCGUUUGUCCAAUCCUAGGCGCCAGGAAAGCCGGACAUGGGCCUCCAGAAAGGGUGCCAGCAGAGGGUGGGGGCUCUUGUCCCCCAGCAGUUGCAAGGCCCUCUCACAGCAUGCCCGGGCCUCCCCAGGGUCCUCCAACUCCUGGUGGCACACAGCCAGCCCAGCCAGCGUCAGCAGAGGACGGUCUAGGCCUGCGGGGAUGCCCAGCUGGGCCUGCAGCUGCCAGGCAUUGGCCCAGAGUGUCAGAGCCUCACGAUAGAGCCCGGUACAGGUGAGGCUCUGUGCCCGCUGCAGCUCAGGCAGCACGAAGAAGUCCUGCAGUACCGGGGCCUGGCGCAGCUCAGGCACUGACUGCAGGUGGCUCAAAAAUUGCUCGAAGGCCCGGCUGCGGCGGGCGAUGGUCUCUGCAGUAAAAUUACGGCGCAGGCGCUUACGGGGGAAGGAGAUGGCAGCCAUUGGGCCCCGGAACUGCCGCUGCAGGUUUCUGUGCAAUCGCUCAAAGUCUGAGUAGCGGCGAGAGAUCUGGGCUGGCUGGCGAUCUGGUGGCCCUGGGCCCAUCACGGCGAGGGUGUAGAGCUGCAGGGAGGGUGGGGGUCAAGG